AUGGCGUCCAUCGCCGAAAAGCAGCUGCAAAGCUUGCUGGACGGCUUUGACGCUUUGCGACUGGAAUAUCAGCGUGUCUACUCACGAUGUGCAGUUCUCGAGGCCCAGCUAGUCACGGCAAAGUCACAGUAUUCGAACCUUGCUGCCCUCAGUCCUGAAAAGGCCAAGCCUCUCGAUCUCUCAGCUUCUGCAGCAUUUCCUUUGGCUGUUGAUUUCGAGAGCUUGAUAAAUAGUUCUAAGAUAGUUGACGCCAGCCGUCGUGACAAAAUCACUGCCGCUUCUCGUACCUCAAAUUCGCUGCGUUCGGCCGGCGUAGUCAUCCAUUCUGGGCCUUCGGCCGACAAACCUUCCGCUCCCACAUCAUCUGCUGCCAUGCCCUCCAUAUCAGAAUCUCCACUCGAACAAGACUUUACCGUCCCGGGCACUCCCAGCAGACUUGAUUGCCCUUUCGCUUCCAUGGAAAGGCGCAAAUUGAGCUCGCACGCCGCUUCAGUUGUAUCUCGUUAUAAACCAGAAUCUGUUCGACAGCCGCGCACAUCGGGUUCGCGUAUCAACGGACGACGUGGUUCCUCUAGCGCGCGAAACUCAGUCGUUGACCCCAUAAGAGAAGUUUGUGCCAUGGAAUCACACAAGAAGGCUCCCGAGGCCGCGCCGUCAGUCCAAGGCUCGUCUGCCGACAAAGUUUGUCCUAUACGCUUUCUCGAUCAACACAGCCCAGAGGAAGUCGCCGCCUACUUCGAACUACACAAGCACGAACUUCCCAGGAGCCACGAAAUAUGUGUAAAAAGAUAUCAAAGCAAUGAGGAACAGAUUCGCCAGCUCGAUGCGAAAUACGGUAACAUCGUCAGCAUGAUUCAAGGGCUGGGUCAAAAGCACGUAUCACUCUUGCCUGAGAAUCUGGGCGAUGAACAUCACGAGAUCGAACCAGACUUUGAUGAUGAAGACGAGCGUGCAAGCCAUGAAAAGAUACGCAAAUGGGCCAGCACUGUGUAUACAGGUCCAGAUGCUCCCACCGAAGAAAAGAAGGACGAAGAAGAGACUGAGGAUGAGCGACUGCCUCGUUUCGAUCGGCCACUGAGAGAUGUGCGUCUAGGUGAAAGCCCGAGCCGGCCUUGGGGCAUUCAAGUACCAAUCGAAGCACAAGAUCGUCGUUACAGUGUGAUGUCAAGCGUAGCAGCUGCUGCAAAGCCUGAGUCCGCGCAGCCUCCAAUGGAGGCUCAGUCGGAAAGGCCCAAAGGCAAAUGUCCGUUUGGGUUUGACCAACAGAAACCAUCUGUACAAGACAAGGAGGGUGGAGUUGUGGACAAACCAGUUGCCGAACCAAUCCAAGAACGACCGGCGGCUCACGAUGCGGAGAAUGCCGGAAUCAAACCUACUUUUAUUCGACAAGCCCAAUUUGAGACGUCCACCGAGAAGAAGGAUGAGGGACAGCCAGUGUUCAUCAAGACAGAGUCCGGCGAGCAAAAUCAUGAGGCGGCAUCGAUGGUGUUUACAGGGCCCGUCUUCAUUGGUUAUUCAGUCCAAGAGGCUAUGACGGUACUGCAAUCGAUGCAACGAAAUUAG